UGUGGUGAAUUUGGUGAACUGGAGCCUCUUGUUCGUGUCCGCCAAUGCACACACGAAUUGUGUGUGGUGGAAUGGAGCCAUCAUUCGCAGUUGAGAUUCGAUCGCGUACGGACGUCCCUUUUGUUGCCCGCGGUCGCCAAUUGGGGCCACACGUUUGGUGUUUGUAUGUACGGUGUAUCCUUUUUUUCGUUACGGAACAUUGUCCUUUGUGAGUGCGGUUAUUUGGUUGAAACGAUAUCCCUAGUAUUGUGAUUUUUUGGUGUUUUUAUUGAAAGUGCGGCAAUUGAAGAAAACGUGAACCCAAGAGCAGUGCAUACGCGAUCAAGCCCAGAAGAAAGCUUCAAAGUGGUUGUGCUGGUUUUAUUGUUGCUUUCCUUCAUGCUCGAUGCUUCGUUCUGAUGGAAUUGCUGGAAUAAUAAUUGUUGAUUGCGGUGCAUGCGUACGUUCGGGUUGAAUGAAGUGAGUGUUCCGGAAAUCCUGCUGUUUGCCCGAAAAGAGCGAUUUUAAAUUAUACUGAGCGAAAAAGAAGUAUUAUUAAACCCGAAAAGUGCUUGGAUUGUGCAAAGGAAGAGGGAAAUCACUUUGGAAUUGGGGAGUGUGUAUUACUUGUUUUUUUUCGGAAAAGUGGCGUAUUGUGCAUUUCAUGAAUAUUGAUUAUCCUGUGCCGUUUAUAUUCAAGUUUUCACUUUGAGUGUCUCACAUGAGUGCGGUUGGUACGAAAGAGAGUAGUUUUCUGGUGCCUUUUUAACGUUAUUCGCAACUGUUGGACUUGGAUGUGUCCACAAGAAUUCACAAACAAGCAACAGCGAAGCGUGAUACCAAUACCUGCGCAACUGUCAUCGGUCAAUGAAUAACAUCACAAUACAAUGGCGAAAACCACUGGUGGAACGAGUGUGGUGAGUUCUUGCAUUGCAGCAGUUGCCCGAGGGCGAUGACGAUGAAGUAGGGGAGUAAUCAGAAUAACAAUAAUAACAAAAAAAAAAAACUUGUUGCGUCCAUUCGGUAGACGACAUACGGUUUGCGCGUGUUAAUGAGCGCGGUCAGAACGUGUGCGGUGCAAUUCUGUCACAAACACCAAUACCAACCUCGAAUGCGACUCGUUGUGUAUUUUGAGUUUUGUUGUUCUAAUGCCUGAGUAUACAAAAAUUGGAAAGUGACCACAAAACCGAUACAAGCUCGAGACGGAAAUAAGUGAUCGGGUGAAUUGAACGCGAAUAAGCGAAAAAUAUCGAAAGAAUCGCCCAAGCAAAUUGGAUUACUUAAUGGUGUUUGCCUUGGGGUUGUCUAUGCUCAAACAGGAGGGGUAAACAGUGCGAAUGUGACCUCGGUCCAGCUGAACCAAUUAAGCGGUGCAAGGUUCCGUGAAAUUGUGUAUGUGCCUGAGAACUGGCCGAAAAAAGCGAGGAGAAACAAAAAGCGACACCGGAUAUUGGAACGCUUCGGCAAGUGACGACGAUAUAAGCAGCAGAGCAGAGCAUAAGUGACCAUCACCGCCUUGGGGCUGAACAGUUUUGCAGCGUGUGGAGACAGAGGAACGCGGAGGAAACCGAUUAUAGAACGUCUUGCACGGAAGGACUUUUUCUAAAGACCGCAACCUGGCGCUGUUUUGCGUACCGGGAAAGCAACGCUUGCCUUCUGAUUCGUCUGAUGUGAAUGUAUGUUGAGGAACAUUUUCUCUAUUUUAGUCGACUCCAGCAAUGGGAUGAUCGGAUUGCAGGCGGAGCUCGGGGGACCACCACCGGGACAGCUGAUGAACACAUCGGCCACAAUGAUGGCGAACGGCCCCCCAAACGGACCCGGUAGUCUCCUGGCCCCGGGACAUCAUCAUUCCAACGCGGGAGGAGCAAUGGCACAUCCGGCGCAUCUUCAUCCUCCACCGCCACCUCAGCAGAUGGGUGGCCGUUCUGGUGGGACGGCUCGGGAACGCGCCCAGCAUGCCGUGGAGUACUACAACAGUAACGUCCUGCGGGCUCGAGUUGGAGCGGGCCUGGCCGGACCACGCAACUCAGUCCACGAACGGUAUCCCUACAUCCAGCGUCAUCUAGGGAUGAGUGUCGGCGGAAAGUUGGCGCCACAAAACUCCGAGAACCUCUACCGAAGUAACUCCAGCCUUGAGCUUAUUCACGAUCACAGUGGCCAUCACGAUGGCCUGCACCCGGGAGGAUCGAAUCUUCGGCGAGAGUACGGCAGUCACGGAUCGAUCGACGUUAUAUCCUCCGAUCGGCACCACAGCCAAACCACUGGCGAAAGUUUCCUGGCAAUGCUCCAAGAAUACCGGCCAGCUGUAUUUGGCAUGGAACACACUCAUCAUCACACAGGAAACCACACUCAUCACGAUGCUCGUAACGGAGGAAUGCUAUCGUCCGGGGAAGAUAGUCUGGACCGUGGCAACUCCAGUCCCAAGUUACGCAUGAAGUUCAAUCGAUUGUGGUCUUCAUCGGGAGCUCACGGAGCCAAACCCGGUCGUGGACAAACGCAGAGCGCUUCACUUGAUGACGCCUCUUUGAAUCCCAACGUAUCGGUGCUGUCCAACGUUUCAAACGUUAGCACAACCUCUACGACCACGGUAUCAUCUGCGGACAUCGAAGAACGUCAACGGAGAAGAGCCUUUGCGCACUUCGACUGCCAAUCGCUCACCGCUAACCUGGGAUACGCUGCCAAGUUGCGCGGGCUUUUGCUUGCCAGAAGACGAAACACUACAACAGGAGCUUCCGCUGCUGCAACGUACGGAACACGAUCAUCCACCCCAGACGGCGACAGCAUAGACGAAGACUACGGCGAUGGCCAAGGCAACGAACUGCUCGAGAGUUGUCCGUUCUUCCGAAAUGAAGUCGGUGGCGAAGAAGAACGCGAGGUCAGUCUAACAAGGAUGCAAAAUCCCAUGCCGGCUGGCCAGCAAAGACGAGCUAUCCAUCGACCCGCGCUAGCCUACGGGGUGUCCCUUCUAGAAUGCGGCGCAAACGAGACUCUCUGGAAGGCCAACAGCUGCCCCUACCAGAAAGGCCCUCGACCGAUCGAACAAAUCGACAACGGUGCUCUCUACUACCGGCAGCAUUUCUUCAGCCAGGAACAUCAAAACUGGUUCGGAAUGGACGAACAGCUGGGUCCGGUGGCCAUCUCCAUCAAGAAAGAAAAGCUGCCUCCUAGCGCGACGCCUACUCUUGCAAUCCACGGUGCGGAUGUCGCGGCCACGUCCAACCAAACCCCCCAGCACCUGUAUCGGCUCAUAGUCCGCACCGCCGAGUUGCUAACCCUGCGCGGAUCCGUCAUCGAGGAUUCCAUUCCGAAUCCUCGCGGAACGGGUAAGCACGUCAGUACCAAAGAAAUUCUGGAAUACGUUGCGCCAGAAGUACAAAUCAGUUGUCUAAGAUUAGGCGUCAAUACGCCCCAGUGCGAACAGCAGCUCCUGAAGCUCGACGAACAAGGUUUGACCUUCAAGUACAAGGUCGGCAUCCUCUACUGCCGAGCCGGGCAGUCCUCUGAGGAGGACAUGUACAACAACGAAGAAGCCGGUCCAGCGUUCAACGAGUUCCUGGAUACAAUCGGCAAACGAGUGCGCCUCAAAGGCUUCGAGCACUACAAAGCCGGCCUGGACAACAAGACCGACUCCACCGGAACACAUUCCUUGUACGCCAACUAUCAGGAUUGUGAGAUCAUGUUCCACGUGUCGACCAUGCUCCCCUUCACACCCAACAAUCGGCAGCAGUUGCUUCGGAAGCGACACAUCGGAAACGAUAUCGUGACGGUCGUCUUCCAAGAACCGGGAGCCCUUCCGUUUACUCCAAAGAACAUCCGUAGCCAGUUUCAGCACGUAUUUAUCAUCGUCAGGGCGGUUAAUCCUUGCACGGAUCACACCCAGUAUCGGGUGGCAGUGUCGCGUUCGAAGGAAGUGCCGGUUUUCGGUCCCCCGGUGCGACCGGGUGCUCUCUACGCCAAAGGAAAGACCUUUGCAGACUUCCUGCUGUCGAAGGUGAUCAACGCUGAAAAUGCAGCGCACAGGUCGGAGAAGUUCGCCACGAUGGCGACCAGGACGCGGCAAGAGUACUUGAAGGAUCUGACGAGCAAUUACUGCAGUGCUACGUUGGUCGAUACUGGGCAGAAGUUCUCGAUAUUCCCGAGUAAAAAGCGGGAAAGGAGUAAACCGAGAUUCUCCGGAGAUUUGACCCAGCGAGGAGCAUUCUGUUGGCAGGUGGUGUUGCACGACAGCGGAAUGUCUACGCAGGUGGAUUGCUUCUUGGGGAUCUCAGCGGAGACUUUCGUGUUGAUCGAGGAGUGUUCGAGGCAGAUCAUCUUCGUGACCCCGUGCAAAGCGAUUCUGGGAUGGUCAACGAGUCAGAACUCGCUGCGGGUGUACUAUCAUCAAGGGGAGUGUGUGACCUUGAAUAUGCGGGAUUCAGGUGAUCGCGAUGAGCAGCUUGAGGUGAUCGAACGAUUAAGAGCUGUUACGAAUGGCUGUGGAGCACUGGAGCUGAGCUUGAGGCGGAAUCCUAUGGGACAGUUGGGUUUCCACGUUCAGCCGGAUGGAGUGGUGACACAAGUAGAGAUCUCUGGUCAGGCCUGGACGGCUGGACUACGGCAAGGGUACCGAUUGGUAGAGAUUUGCAAAGUGGCAGUAGCUACAUUAUCGCACGAUCAGAUGGUAGACUUGCUAAAGACGUCUGCGCAAGUGACGGUAACCGUGAUAGAAUCGUUUGCAGACUUCAGUCCUCGGCGGGGCUGUUUCUUGCAAAACUGCCGAUUCAAUGCAAUCAACUAUGAAAGUGACUACGAGACCGUGCCAGAACGAGCGGACAAGAAUGGCAAGAAGCAUCUACCCAGUGCCCAACUGCAGUCGGCAAGCCAUCGUCGUCGGUACGAACGGAACUUCUCUCCACCACGAUCAAGCAAUAGCUCCGGCUACGGAACCGGAAGCAGUAGUCGAUCGUUUACUGCGCUACAUCAGAAUGGUGUUGCACCCAGCGAUCCUCGGGAUCUUCGAUAUGGCCCAACGGAUAUGGGCACUCUAACGAGUUCAUCCAGUGGCCACUCAUCGAACGACGAACGCUGGUAUGACGUGCUGGAACCUCAACAUGAAGCUCCUUCCUCGACGAUGCCCCCACCUUCAGAACCAAACUAUCAUCACCCAAAGCUCACCGCUUCCAGUAACUCCCUGCCCUUGUCCGGAGCCACACCUCGACCGCUUUCCCUCCAUAACGACUCCCGUCAAUUGAACAACAACCCAAACGGCAACGCCAACGUGGCCCUCCUGAAGCGUUUGAUCAUUAGCGAAAGCAACAGUCCUCAUGACAAUGGACCCUCUGAACCUCUCUACAGCAGUUCCAUGAAAAACCUUGCCAAUCAUCAUCUGAGCGCUGCCGAAGAAGAGGACCUCUCGCGACACAACUCUCCGCAGCUAAAACGCUCCGCAACGACCACCAACAUCUACGGGAUCAACGGCGGAAGUGGCGGAGGCAGCAAGAAGCCGUUGAACAAUGGCCCUCUCAGCUCCAGCAGUACGUCCAGUUCCCGCAAUAACAGCCCGCGGCCGAACAACAACGGUAUCGCUGACGCCAAGCCGAGGACGAAGAGUUCCGCCCCUCAACGGAACAGCGUCAACUACACGGGAAGCUCCCUCCAGGAAGAUCUGAUGAAGCUCAUCAACCCGGACUACAUCGCCGCCGCUUCCAGUGACGACAACUUCAAUGCUGGUGCCAUGGAAAAAAUGCAUAAGGGUAAUCCGAACAGCCACAGCUUGGGGAACAUCUCCUCCCUAACGGCUUCCGCCGGGUUGAAGCCUAUCCAGCAGCAACAGUUGACGCAGAAAUCUCGCUCACGGGAAGGCAUCAACCUUGGUUCGUCAAACAAUCUGAAGGUCGCCAAGACCAAUGGCAACGUGAACAAUGGCCCUUCGAAUGGGACAUCCGAACAGGAGUCGGAUGUCAUAUUCACCACGGCCCGACCGGCAACGGUGAUAUCGUCCACAACCAGCAACUGUUCCAGCCCGGCCAGCGAGUUGAACAACAACAACAAGCUGCACAUCAACGAGGACCACCUGAAGAUGUCGCCGGGCAAGAAGCAGCAGAUCAUGGCACUGGCGGCCGCUGCUGGAGGUAUUCUGAAGAAUGGAGGCGGCAUGAUGGCGAACGGGGGUGGGGGUGGAAGUUCCGGAGGCAAUGUUAACGGCAGUAGCGGGAAAAUUCCGCUGCCAGACAUGAAGGAGAUGGACUGGAGCAGUCUGGUGGAUACGGCGACCAAGGCGAUGACGCAGCUCAACGAAUCUGGCGCCAAGCAUCCGCAAGGAAACAUAUACUACGACGACAUCAGCCAAGUCUUAAACGGCGUGGUUCAGCAGCAGCAACAAUUGCAACAACAGCAGCAGCAAUUGCAGCAGCUCCAACAACAGCAACUUCAACAACAACUGCAACAGCAGCAAAGCUCCCAGUUGACUGUCCAAAAUGGCGCCGGAACACCUGCCCUGUCGGAUCUAUCCACAACUCCGAGUUCUGCGUCACCGGUUUCUACCGGAAGCGGUAGCACCGCCAACAGUGGCCAGCUGAUGUCCAUGUCAAACAGUUCCAGCCUUCCGGAACUCCAGAGUCAAGUGACGCAACUAUCAGACAGGGUUCUACGCGAGCAACGUCGUAGACGGUCCCUGGAACACGCCGUUCGUCGCUUGACCGAAGAGAACCGUCGGCUUCAGGACGAAAGCCAAGCUGCUGUCCAGCAAUUGCGACGCUUCACCGAGUGGUUCUUCCAGACCAUCGAUCGCCAGUCGUAAACUUAUCAAAAAAAAACCUUACAACAGUAAUCGACCUUAAACCACGUGCUUAGCCAAUGGCGUCUUCCAAAGUUCAUCGCAACGUUCAAAUACCUUUUAGACUGCACCUCGAUAGCAAUCGCACCCUGUCCCAAUCAACUCGAGAACCUGUUAACGAUAUAUAGAGCCUUUCGUUACACUGUUUUACUUUGUAUGACUUUACACGAAACUUUAGUAGAAAUCGUACGAAUUCAUAAAUCGCGUAAGUUUAGUGUAUCUCUUAAGUGACCAAAAAUUUAGGCUUAGUGUGAGCAAAAGUUAAACUUAUAAGCAACUACAUGCAACACCAAUCGGCAGUUAAUUGCCCAUACGUUAGAAAUGCAUCAAUCUUUAUACAAUACAUUAUUGAAGUUAUAUCGACCGCUUAGGAGUCGAGCCUAUUUAUACACCAAGACACGUUGUGAGGACACCAUUUUUUGUCGCUAGAACAGAAACAAUCAAAAGUCGUUAUAAAAAAAACCAUCAAAACCACAUUUAGCGAAGUAUUUGCCUAUUUAUCGAACGGAACCUUUAGUAUCAAAUCGUAAUUUAUCAAAUUAACAAUGAACAGCAUUAUUAAUCAAAAACUUCGAUAGAAAUUAAACUCUUACAGAACGGAAACAUACCAAAUAAAGCAAACUAUGUAAUACUACAGUUCUGAUAUCGCUGUACGUUGUGAAGUCUGUUAUUUAAACUUGUACUUGUGUUAAUUGUGUAUUUUUUUUUGUACCAUCUAGUUUUUAGCGUAUAUAAGUUCGUUGUUGUAGUUUUCCUUUUCUUUGUAUUUUUUUCCUACCGGCUAAGCUGUAUCAUUUAUUCAUACGAAUCUGAAAGUGCUUAGUUGUUAAGUUGCUUAGCUUUUGCUUGGUCCUGGACUUGGAUGCCAUCACAUAUUUUGCCCUCCAAAUGACGGUAGACUAAGCGGAAGGUGUAUCUUUUGCUUGUAUGUAGUUUUACUUUUGUAAUAAAAAAAGACCUUUUCUGUUCUUUUCUCUGUCUAGUAGCGUAAACUUGCGUUAUUUAAGUUAAAUAUAUGCCUUCGUAGGGUAGGAAUCGAAAUCGUAUGCAAAAAGAACAAUCAGUAAAGAAUAAAAUAGAGCUAGAUCAAUCCAGUUGUGUAGUUAGUCGUACGUGUAGCCUUGUAGAGAACAUUAUUACUUAUUACUUACUUAUGUAGAGCUAUUUAAGGGAACUGUACACCAUUAUGACCAAUACACACAUACACGAAUACUUACAUCAAUAUCAAACACAAACGUUAAAAUCACCCAUUUGGAAUAUUGGAAUAAAUGCAAAAGUAAUAUAAA